UGAGUUUACCGAAGUAGCUAGCUAACUAUCAGUUUAACAUGUAGCAUGUACUGUUUAACCAUGAAAUUUAAAUGUAAAAUACGGUAAAAUAAUUAAUAGGGCAUAUUUAGAUGGGUAAUAUGGUAAAAGAUCAAAAUGGGUUGAAAUAUGACGGAGCGCAAAGAGGGAGACUUCUGUGUCCAUUCUUCCACCCGGUAAUCCCCAGCGGUCAGGCCGGGCAGCCUGGACGAUCCGGCGCCUACUUGCUGCGCCUAGCUGCUGCGCGGUCUGACCGCUCGUGGAGUUUUUCAUGUCUGACUUUAACCGCAUCUAAUACUGUAUUACGGCGUGAGCGCAACAGCGACAACUUAAUAUCGAUGUGUAAGCAGCCUGAGUGGUAGGGUGUUUUCAUCUGAACCCUUAAAAUCUCCAGCAGGCUUGGAGUGACACCUGUGUCCAUUCUUCCAUCCGGUAAUCCCCAGCGGUCAGGCCAGGCAGCCUGACCGGUGGGGCGGCUAGUUUCUGCGCGGGCUGACCGCUCGUGGAGCUCUCAGAGACAGAUCUGACCGGAGAAAUACUGCAGCUCGGUGAGAAGUCUAUAGGGCAUACAGCGUUUCCCUUAAAUCCCACCGCCACGCCGACAAGAUCCCAAGUUUCUUUGUUUUUGUUUGCGCUGUUUACAGAAGAAGCAGCGGGAACUAAUAUGUUGUCGCUUGUGAUCACAGCCGGCGGGUAGCAAGUAUGUACAGUCUAUGAUUUUACCGCUCCCUCCUGCAGUCUUCCCCUAUUAAAAUUUAAAAUGUGUAACUUCAUGUAUUGGGAUGAAUGACUGAUAUUCAUGUUAAACUCAAACGUUAGGUAUUUAGGGGGAAAAAACAAAAUAAUAAACAUUAUACAGAUGUCAAAUAAAUCAAACUGUAAUUAAACUACACUCUUAAAAAUGCUGGGUUAUUUUGCUAACCCAACUGCUGGGUUAAGGCUGAUUUUUAAGCAGUUGGGUCAAUUUAAUACAACAUUGGGUCAAACAUUUUGACCCAGCAUGUUGGGUUAAAAGGGGCGGUAAAAAGAAAGAUCCUCCCCCUCGUCUGUGCCAGCUUCACCAUUUUAAAGUGGAGGAUGACAAGGACUUGCCUCAUUUCCAUGGACCUUCACACCAGCAAUGUUUAAAAAUAAGAUGGAUGAAUUUGUGAAGGACAAACUUCUGGAAUGGAACCUCUCUGAAUACAUCCCUGCUUUUGAAGCUGAAAAGAUUGACAAAGACAGCCUUUUCCUCUUGGAUGCGAACAGCUUGACGACUUUGAUACCUCUCCUGGGUCCACGCCUGAAAAUUCAGAAUAAUUUAAAAAGAUUACUUGAGGUAUGACCAGUGUCAGAGGUCAAAACAGAAUGGGGUACGUGUGCUUUAAAUGUCAUAGGUCUUUAGGUCAUAACAUAAGAGCUUUUUUUAACCAUCUCAGAGUGGUGCAUCAUAUACUUUCUACUUCGACUUAUUUCCAGUGUGCUCAAGUUGGGUGCCAUCGCACUUUUGAUCAAAUAAGAUCAUUCAGACGACACAUAAUUGGGCAUGCUAUUGAGUUUGACAUUGAAACAGAAGAAAGUAGCACAGGUGAACUUCCUGACAGUUCAGUAGAUCCUCAUUUAAGUGUGCUAAAUGAGGUGGAAUGCUGUGAGACUACAGCAGAACAUUGGGAUGAGCUAGAGGAAGACAACAUAAAGGACAGAGUUGCACUCUUCUUAGCUAGGUUAAAGGCAACAUCCUCUCAGACAUUCAGUGGGAUUAGAGAUGUAGUUGAAAACACAUCAGGUCUUAUCAGAGAUGUAGUUGGUUGCUUAAAGAGAAAAACACUCUCUUUUUUAAGAGAGAUCGGUCACUCUGAGACUCCACAAGCAGAGGACCUCAUGGAGCAGUUCACCAAAGCAGCUGAACCAUUUCAAGGAUUUGAAUCAGAGUACAAGCAAAUGAAAUAUUUUACUCAGUCUGGGUUCUUCAUACAGCCAGAGGCAGUACCACUCCCUGGCUUUUCCUUUACACAAGAAAUUGAUCGAGAGUCAGGAAAUGUGAAACAAGUUGCAGUUCGGGACACUUUCCAGUAUGUUCCCUUGAAACCCAUGUUGAAGCUUGUUCUGGAAAGUCCAGGAACAAUAGAUAAGAUCUUUGAAUGGCAAAAUCUUGAAAAUGCUGCCUUAGAGGAUUUCAGAGAUGGCACAAUAUUUGAAACUAAUCCACUUUUCUCUAAAGAUUUCUCUAUUCCAUUGGUUCUUUACAGUGAUGAGUGUGAGAUGGUGAAUCCACUUGGCGCAAAAACAUCAGUCCACAAACUUGGUUUUAUCUAUUUCACAAUGAAAUGCUUGCCACAGGAAUACAUGUCUAGUUUAAAGUCUCACUUCUUGUUGGCAGUGUACAAAGCUGAUGAUGUAAAAACAUAUGGAAUGAACACAAUUUUAGAGCCAAUUGUGAAUGACAUUAAAGACAUGGAACUGAAUGGCUUUCAUGUUGAAACCACACGUUUUUCAGGCAUUGUUAAGGCUGGAGUGGCACAGGUCUGUGGUGAUAACCUUGGACUUAAUGGAAUACUUGGUUACACAGAAAGCUUUGCAGGCAAUAGCGUGUGUCGGUGGUGUCGAGUUCACAAGGAAGUGUUGAGGGUACAGACAGUUGAAGCUCCUUCAUCAAUACGUGACAAGGUUAACUACCACUCAGACUUGCUUCUACACAAACCAGCUGAAACUGGCAUCAAGAGAGAGUGCUCUCUUAACAAGUUGCAGUUCUACCAUGUGACUGACAAUGUUGCUCCUGAUGUCAUGCAUGAUAUCCUCGAAGGGAUUGGUGGUUAUGAAAUUAAGCUUGUGCUCAAUGCAUUGAUUGAACAAAAAAUUGUCACUCUUGAUCAGCUGAACUACAGGUUGACAAGCUUUGACUAUGGAUUUUGUGAUGUCCACAACAAGCCAUCAACCAUCAAACCUCAGGACUUGAAAAAUCCUGAUACUGGACUUAGGCAAUCUGCUUCACAAACAUGGUGUCUGCUAAGACUGCUUCCCCUCAUGAUAGGGGAUUUGAUUCCAGAGGACAACAAAUAUUGGGAGUUGCUUCUUUUAUUGUUGAGCUGCAUGGAGUUUAUUUUUUCUCCUUCAUUAACAGAAGGAGCAGUAGUCUUUUUGGGGCACAUCAUUGAGAAGCACCAUUGUCUUUAUUUAGAGCUCUUCCCAGACAGACAUCUAAAACCCAAACACCACUUCAUGCUUCACUAUCCCAGAGCCAUACGGAAACUUGGGCCUGUUGUUCACUUCUGGUCAAUGCGCUUUGAGGCAAAACAUGGGUUUUUCAAAAGAGUGAGUCAUGUUACCUGCAACUUUCGAAAUAUCUGUAAAACCCAAGCCUACAGACAUCAAAUAAUGAUGUGUUACACUCUCCUGUCAGGCCAGAUGUUUUGCCAUGAGUUUGAAGUUGGGCCAGGAUAUACCAAACUCCUUGGUACAAUAGAGGAUUUUGAGAAGGUCAAAUCUGGGUUUGAAGGAGUUGCUGUUAUUACAGACGUUUAUCUGCCUUCUUGGAUUAAGUACAAGGGCACUAGCUACAGGACAGGAAUGACAUUAUUUAUGUCUCAUACAGAUGACUGCGAGCCUCAGUUUGGAACUAUUCAGAGCAUUGUGGUACUUCGUUCGAAUACUAAGCUCAUUUUAAAAAAGUGGGAAACAAUCGGCUUUGAAAGGCAUUUUUUUUGCCUUCAAUGUUUCCCCUACCUCAGCGAUUGAAGCAGUGGACAUUGAUUCCAUUGCUGACUAUCACCCUCUCCAUGCUGUGAAAUCCUACAAGGAGAAUUGCAGUGACCUACAUUUCACUGAGGUACAGGCUAUUUUAAACCCAAAGGGUUUUAAGUACUGUCUUGAGCUUUGACCUGGUACUACCUCAUUUUUGUGACAAAUAAAUGUAAAUACAUUCAAAUCAUUAAAAUAUUUGAUUAAAAUCAAUAUAACUGUGGAGCUGCAUAUCAGCUUUAUCAUCAUCACUUUUGAUUCAAGCCCUAAACAAACGGAGUCUGUUUGUGCACCAGCUGACAAAUUGCAGCACGUGGCUCCUGUCCAGGGUGGAACAUCAUUUUCCACCCUCGGAAUCAAAGGCAUUGCUGGCAUCAUCAGUAGUGGAGCAGUUUCCAUGUCUAAAGGACAGUCUUGGCACAGGCUAUGAUGCGUGGUUCACCCCAGGAAGGAAACAUAGACCUGCAACAGGAUUCCUAGAGGA